CAGAAUAUGAAUGCUGAAUUCACGCAUCAUGCUCACACCACCAUGGCACCGUGCACCUGUCCGUUAUUUUGAAGAAAGUUUGCAACCCUAGUAGUCACAUUGAUUUUUGUCACCGUUUGCUGAUUUGUGCAAAAUGUGUAAGAGUGGAUUUGGUGAGAUAAACUAGUAAUGAAAAGUCAAAUAUGGGGUGUAUCUUCUAUUUUGAAAACUCUCAUUCAACAGAUAUUAAUUCAUGCGAGGUGUCACCGUGAAUAUGUGAGAGAUUGUGAUCUUGGCAGACACCAGAAUGUACAGUAUAGUGUUGAAUUCUCCUCAGCGCGGUUGAAUCGGCUCACACACCCCGGACUAGUUGACUGGAUUGAAAACAUGGCUGCGGCCGAACGUGCAGCACAUUUACGGAAGUGAGGUGCCCACAUUCUGCUGCAGAGGAGAGAGCACCAGGAUGAGGAGACUGUAGGCACUCGCCGUAGUAUGGCCGCGUCCCGAUCCUCGCGUGUCACAAGGUCGUCAGUGGGGCUCAAUGGAUUGGAUGAGAACUUUUGUGGCCGAACCCUCAGGAACCGCAGCAUCGCCCAGCCGGAGGAGACCCCUGUGUCUCCGCUACCGAGGGCCCGCUCGCCUAAGAAGAAGCAGGACACCAAGCAGCAGGAGUCCAAGCAGGAGUCGAAACAGGACGCCAAGCAGGAGUCAAAGCAGGACACCAGGCUGCAGGAGUCUAAACAGGACACCAAACAAGAGGCUAGGCAGGAGUCGAAGCAGGACCCCAAACAGCAGGAGUCAAAGCAGGAGUCAAAGCAGGACCCCAAGCAGCAGGAGUCAAAGCAGCACGCUAAGCAGGAUUCAAAAGCAGACAGCAAGCAAGAGUCGAAGCAGGACACCAAACAAGAAGUCAAGCAGGAGUCAAAGCAGGACAACAAACAGGACACAAAUCCAGACACACAGCAGGAUGGUGAACAGCAGGCCUUGUUGCAGGGGAAGUUAACCGACUCAAAUGCUUCUUCUGCUGAGGCAGAGCAAUGGACCAGUUCAAGGAAGCGUGGUGUGUCUUGUUUAGAAAAGGACAUUAGUCCUGAGAACUGUGAUAGAGGGAAGGGGGCACGUGAUGCCUGUCCUCAAAUUAAAAGGGCCAAGCGGUGCUCCCGCUCUGGAGACUCUCAAGGACACGAGGAGGACAUAGAGCUUCUGAAAUCUGAAAGUCCAGUCUCUGUUCUCGAGGCCUGCAAAGACAACAGUUGUGAAGAUUUUCCCAGCCAAAACUCUGCUCACACUUCUCCUGCCUCACCUGUCCUCAGUAAAGAGGAAGGCGAGCUGAAAGCGGGGAAGGCGGAGGAUGGCCACUUGGAGUGUGACGGGGGAGCUCAGCCUCCAAACACUCACAAGGCCUCGAAUGGACUCAAAGACAAUAAAACAGAGGAAUCUUGCACACUUGCUGAAGAGCCAAGUGCAAAUCCCCCCUCUGCUCCAAACUGCCCGUCGCUGCUCAACGGCAGUCAGACGGGAGCCCCCUCAUCCCCGGACCCUACCGUGCCUUGUAGAAAUUCUGUCCCUGUGCAAAUGGAGGUCUCUGGCUCAGGGGAAUCGCCAGUCUCAUCUGUGCCCACAUUACAGGCUGUUUCAGAGGAUCCUGUUCCUGAUUUGAUAGUGGCCAAGGAGCAGGAGGUGGAGGAGGUGGAGGUCGACGUGGUGGGCGACUCGUUGUGUCUGGCUCACGAGGAGCAGGUGACAGAGACUGAGAAUACCAACGGCCGGCCACUCUCACCGGCACAGGAAGUUGCUGCCUCCACCUCCUCCACCACCAACAACACGAACAGUAGUCCACUCAACAACAACAACAACAACAACUCAGGAGAAACUACACCCCCACUAGCAACAACCCCCUCCCCCACAGAGCAAGGGUGCAACCCCUUAAUAUCCAGCACACCUCCCUCUUUCUCGGAGCUCUAUGAACACAGAUACACCCUGAGGACUUCACCCAGGAGGGCAGCCACUGGUGGCAAGGCCUCCUCUUCUAAGCUCAGCUCUCCUCCCAGAGACAAUGGUCCCUUGAGGGAAGAGGGGGAGGUGGUGGUUGGGUUGGAGGAGGACUGUCCUAUGCUAGAGGAACCUGCUCCCUCAGACUCUGUUGGCCCCUCCACUGAGGAGCCAGUAUCUAUGGAUCUUGGGGACAGGGCAGGUGGUGUGGACGGUGGACUUGUAGAGGGCAAAGCGGCAGAAAGAAGCAAGGAGCUGACAAAGAGCCAGGCUGCAGAGGAGGAGGAAGAGGAGGAGGAGGAGGAAGAGGAGGAGGAGGAGCCUGAUGUGUAUUACUUUGAGUCAGACCACCUGGCACUUAAACACAACAAAGAUUAUCAAAGGCUGCUGCAGACCAUUGGAGUUCUCGAGGCCCAGCGCACGCAGGCCAUCCUGGACCUGGAGACGUUAGCACGUCAGCAGAAAGAGGCGCUCGGAGAUCCCAUCAGCUUUGUGGAGCAGCUACAGAAACAGGUGAAUUUGGGCUUGCCGUGUCCUCAGCGAGUCGUCCAGCUUCCUGACGUAGCGUGGGAGCAGUACACCUCAGGCCUCGGUGACUUUGAGAGAGAGUUCUGUGACAAGAAGCGCAAAACCAGGCGGCUAAAGCUUAUCUUUGACCAAGGUUUGCCUGAUCGACCAAAAAGUCCUGUUGAACCCAAGAUGGAAGGCGAGUCCUCUACCAUGUACUCCUCUCUGCCCAUGAGUGAUGCUCUGGAGAACAGCAGGCAAGCGCAGAUGAUCAGGGGGAGGAUUUGUCACCCAAACAAGCCUGACACAUUUAACCAGCUGUGGACCGUGGAGGAACAGAAAAAACUGGAGCAGUUUCUUGUCAAGUUUCCUCCUGAGGAAGUGGAGUCCAGAAGAUGGCAGAAGAUUGCAGAUGCGCUGGGCAAUCGAACAGCAAAACAGGUUGCCAGUAGGGUUCAGAAGUACUUCAUCAAACUGACAAAAGCUGGUAUCCCUGUGCCUGGAAGAACACCCAACCUGUGCAUGUACACUAAGAAGGCAUCCAGCAAGAGGCAGCAUCACCUCAACAAGCACCUGUACCGGCCGUCUACCUUCCUCACCUCCUAUGAGCCUCCGGUCUACAUGGACGAAGACGAUGAGCGCGCGGCGUAUUACGGCAGCCUGCAAGACCCCUCUGCUGAAGACUCGGACGAGGAGGGAAUUCCUCUGGAGUUAAGAAACUUGCCGGAGUACAAAGAGCUUUUGGAGCUGAAGCGACUGAAGAAACAUGCGCUGCAGGAGUUCCGGGAAGAGAAGGUCGGGAUGCGGCACGUUGGCUACAAGUGUGACGUUUGUGGCAUGGAGCCCAUCCAGGGAGUGCGGUGGCACUGUCAGGAUUGUCCUCAAGACAACUCAGUCGAUUUCUGCUCCAACUGCUCAGACUGCUUGUUCAAGACAGAGACCCACAAGCCAAACCAUCACUUAGAACCAGUGCACCAGUCUGACACCUUCCUGGACAGGGACUACUGCCUGCCGCAGAGCACGGGCUACAACUACCUGGACCCUAACUACUUUCCAGCCAACAGAUGACAGGGUCGCAGGCGCCUCUAGCUCCAGGCUCUCUCCACAUAUCCCACAGGCCACUCUGUGCAUGGCUCCAUCCUCCAAGUCCAAGAUAACCGCUUAACCCGCCGCCAGGCAGGAAGGCCAGCAGGCAGGCAGACAGCCAGGGGGCCUCGGAGCAGACCACGGUGCUGCUGUUGGGAGGGGCUGUUGGUAAACUGGCCUCCCUGACUCAAGCAAAGGGCGGCCAUGUUGGUUCCUCAGAACAAAGGGGCCCCUGCUCCACCUCAGCCAGGUUAAUCAAUGGAUCUGUGAUUUGAAAUGAUACACUAUUUUUAAAAAAACAAACUAAACUGAAGGCACACCGACAUUCCCGAGCUCUGUGACUCCACCAGGGCUGCCUCCCUCCCCCCCUCCUCCUCCUCUUCAUCAUCAUCCUCCAGUGACCUCCCUGUGCUGCUUCAAACUGGAGACCUGACAGCCUGUCUCGUGAAGCGCCACCUAAUGGAGAUGUGUGGUCAUAGUGGACUGUGAAGUCAUCACCUGAGAUACACAUAGGUGGUGUGUGUGUGUGUGUGUGUGUGUGUGUGUGUGUGUGUGUGUGUGUGUGUGUGUGUGUGUGUGUGUGUGUGUGUGUGUGUGUGUGUGUGUGUGUGUGUGUGUGUGUGUGUGUGUGUGUGUGUGUGUGUCUCCGUGUUAUGCAAGAGUGAAAAAUGUUCUAGCUAGGCAUCCGUAGAUUGAGUAUUUAUGAGUCGCAGCUUCCUCAGUAGGGGUUGUGGCUAAUGCAAGGAAGUUUGGCGGCGUGGAGGCUGGUGUGUUUUUGGUUCUGCAGACUGUAGGAAGUUCUGCUGAUCCACAUGACGUUCUGCAGACCUGUAAACAGAUUGGGUGCCAUGUUUCAGCAUGGAGCCAUUCCUACCACUGUCAAACAACGCUGCUCUCUAACCCCUCACCUUUCACACACCUUCAUCUGUAUUUCUUUCCCCUUUUGCUCUCUCCACUAAAACAUGUCUAACAAGAAGCACUACAGCACGGAGAGCAAAUGUUUAUGAAGGCAGGAGAAUGGGAACGUUUGGAAAAAGUACACAAGACUGUGUUUUUGUUUGUUUUUUCUCCUCCCCCAAUGUGUGCCGUUGUUGAUCAUGUUGAGUGUAAAAGUAUAUGGUGAAAAGUAGCCAGCGCUAGUUGCUGUGUGCCAUUUUUAAAAGAGAAAUUUGUUUUUCCGAGGGGCGGAGCUCCACCUCUGAACGUGGCCACGACUUCUCCCUCGACCCACAUCGCCCGCCCCCCACAUUAUCGAUCCAGUCAUCAUUGCCUCUAGUUCUUUAAUUUUGCAGUCCACUUUACAAAGGUCCAUUUAAAAGAUUGUAUUUUUAUUAAUCUAUUUAAAAAAGAAUUGAGGUAGAGGUUAGUGCCUCCGCAGUGGAACAACCCAAACAAUUUUAUACACAUAGAUUUUGUUGUGCUUGAGUAGACACCAUUUUGUAUGGUUUUCGUCUCCUUCCCUCACCCCAUCUGCCCUGCUUCAAUAUCUGUGUAUAACAGUCUGUUCUUAUGUAAAAAAAAUAAUAAUGUAAAAAAAAUGCUAGAGGAGAACCGUGGAAAUAAAAGUAUGUGAAAAUAGUGUUUGUA